CUAUAAUUUCAGAUUAUUCAAACCCGAUCCCAUCUCUCUCUCUCUCUCUCUCUCUCUCUCUCUGUGUGCAUAAAUUCAGUCACAGAAAGAGAGAAGAAAAAUAAGAACAACAACUCCCGGACCAGACCCAAAGCCACCUCCGAGCAGUUGGAAAGUGACUAACCCAACCCAACCUUCUCUUUUUUGUUGAUAUAUAUAUAUAUAUAUAGAUACAAACUCAACACUAACUUAAACCCCAAUUCUCAAAACCCCCUUUCUUUCUCUCUUUUUUCUUCAAAAUUACAAAAAAAUCAUAAAAUUUUUGCAUCUUAAAAAUGCCACCGAACCCGCCAAGAUCCUCGGUUUUGGUACAUCGAAUCAACAGCACCACCACAACAACAACAACAAGCACCACCUCUAGCACCACAGGUUCCAACACGGUCAUGCAGUGCCAGAAGGAGCUAAGAAAGAGAAGCCCACUGCCCGAGGCGGUGGCUCGCCAUCACACGCACGACGUGGGACCCAACCAGUGCUACUCAGCUGUGAUCCAGGAGAUCGCCGCUCCGGUCUCCACAGUCUGGUCGGUGGUCCGGCGGUUCGACAAUCCGCAGGCGUACAAACACUUCGUCAAGAGCUGCAACGUCAUAGUCGGCGACGGCGAUGUGGGUACCCUCCGUGAGGUCCACGUCAUCUCGGGUUUGCCGGCUAACAGCAGCACGGAGAGGCUCGAGAUCCUAGACGACGAGCGUCACGUUAUCAGCUUCAGUAUGGUCGGUGGGGACCACCGUCUGUCCAACUACCGCUCCGUCACUACCCUCCACGCGUCUCCUUCUGGGAACGGCACCGUCGUUGUGGAAUCGUAUGUGGUGGAUGUACCGCCGGGGAACAGCAAGGACGACACGUGUAUGUUCGUGGACACCAUUGUUGGGUGCAAUUUACAGUCGCUUGCUCAGAUCGCCGAGAAUCAAGCCAGACGCAUUGGCAAUAAAUCAUCCAAAUGAGUACUUUCCCAUAUUCUCCAUUUUCAUCUAAUUUUCCCCCAAAAAAAAAAAAAAAAAAGAAUUUUCUAGUUUCUCUUGAAGAAAAACGACAGAGCCAGAUUUGAAUUUCCAUGGUACUUCAUUGUUUUUAUAUUUUUUUGUUUUUGUUUUUAUUUUUAUUGUUGUAAUUAAAUUAUAAUAUAAGAAUUUUCCGACAUGCA